CGCCGGGCGGGGCUAUAUAAGGGGCAGCGGCGCGGCCCUUGAGCGGGCGGUGUGCCGGGUAGGCGGCGGCGGCGUCACUUCCGGGCUGUCAGCUGUAGGCGACGAGGAAGCUGAGGCGAUGGAGGCGGUGGUGCGGCGCUGCCCGUUCCUGGCCCGCGUCUCGCAGGCCUUCCUGCAGAAGGCCGGGCCCUCCCUGCUGCUCUACGCCCAGCACUGCCCCAAGAUGAUGGAGGCGGCACCCCCGACCGCCGCCCGAGGCCUAACCGGCUCCGCCGCCCGGGGGCAGCAGGCGGGGGAGACCCCCGCGGCCCAGCCGGAGGGCAAAAAUGCCAAAGAUGUGGCCCGGCAGAGUACAGAUGGAUCCCAGCCACCUGCUGGCCACCCGCCUGCUGCUGCUGGCCAUAGCUCUGCUAUGAAAUGCCCGUUCCUGGCAGCUCAGAUGAGCCACAAGAACAGCAACGUCUUCUGCAAAGCCAGCAUUGAACUUCAAGAGGAUGUGAAGGAAAUGCAGGCGGACAGGAAAGGUAAAGAAUUUGCCAAUGUAACAACUACUUCCCCAGUGAGGAACACUGAGACAGAGGGAGAAGAGCAGAGUGGCUUGCUCAAGAGGUUUAACGAUAUUAUGCUGAAGCAAAGACCUGAGAGCGUGUCUCAUCUGCUUCAGGAUAACUUGCCAAAAUCCGUAUCCACCUUCCAGUACGAUCAGUUCUUUGAGAGAAAGAUAGAUGAAAAGAAGAAAGAUCACACCUAUCGAGUAUUCAAAACAGUGAACCGAAAGGCACAGAUCUUUCCCAUGGCAGAUGACUACUCUGAUUCUCUGAUCACCAAGAAGGAGGUGUCUGUCUGGUGCAGCAACGAUUACCUGGGCAUGAGUCGUCAUCCCCGUGUGUGUGGAGCAGUUAUGGAUACACUGAAACAGCAUGGUGCUGGAGCAGGAGGCACAAGAAAUAUUUCGGGAACAAGCAAAUUUCAUGUUGAUUUGGAGAAAGAACUAGCUGAUCUUCAUGGGAAAGAUGCAGCACUGCUGUUCUCCUCCUGUUUUGUAGCCAAUGAUUCCACCCUCUUCACUCUAGCUAAAAUGCUGCCAGGCUGUGAGAUCUACUCUGAUUCUGGAAACCAUGCCUCCAUGAUCCAGGGGAUUCGGAACAGCAGGGUACCGAAACACAUAUUUCGCCAUAAUGAUGUCAGCCAUCUUCGAGAACUAUUGAAGAAGUCUGAUCCAUCUACCCCUAAAAUUGUUGCAUUUGAAACUGUGCACUCAAUGGAUGGUGCUGUCUGUCCUCUGGAAGAGCUGUGUGAUGUGGCCCACGAACAUGGAGCAAUCACUUUUGUGGAUGAAGUGCAUGCUGUGGGGCUGUAUGGAGCUCGAGGUGGCGGUAUCGGAGACCGGGAUGGAAUCAUGCACAAGAUGGACAUCAUCUCUGGAACGCUUGGCAAAGCAUUUGGUUGUGUAGGAGGAUACAUCUCCAGUACAAGUUCCCUGAUAGACACUGUUCGUUCAUAUGCUGCUGGCUUUAUCUUCACAACAUCCCUGCCACCCAUGCUCUUAGCUGGUGCCCUAGAAUCUGUCCGAACUCUGAAGAGUGCGGAGGGGCAAGUGCUGAGGCGCCAGCACCAACGCAAUGUGAAGCUUAUGAGACAAAUGUUGAUGGAUGCAGGGCUUCCUGUGGUGCACUGCCCAAGUCACAUCAUUCCAGUAAGGGUUGCAGAUGCUGCUAAAAAUACAGAGAUCUGUGACAGGCUAAUGAGCCAACACAGCAUCUAUGUCCAAGCAAUCAACUACCCCACAGUCCCCCGUGGAGAAGAGCUGCUACGUAUUGCCCCUACACCUCACCAUACCCCUCAGAUGAUGAGUUAUUUUCUUGAAAAACUGCUGGCUACAUGGAAGGAUGUUGGUCUGGAGCUGAAACCACACUCAUCAGCUGAAUGUAACUUCUGUAGAAGACCUCUACAUUUUGAAGCGAUGAGUGAACGGGAAAGAUCUUACUUCAGUGGAAUGAGCAAAUUAGUAUCUGUCAGUGCAUGAAAGUAAUGGUGUUAAUCUUACUCUCAUCUAGUUCUAGUACCCAGUCAGUAGCAUUUUUAAAUUGCUUAUAAGCAUUUUAAUCAUAGUUAAAGCACUAAGCUCUGAAAAUAAAUUUCUAGAGCCACUGUUUAGUUGUAUUUUUAUUUUUCAUAUUCAGCUUCCAUAAGAUGAAUUGUCAGUGGUUAAAAGGGCAUCCCUGGAAUAAAAAGUGAUCUCUGCUGACCUUCA